CGGCGCUCUCAAUGUCAGCGGCUCUGCGGCGCCUGGUCGCGGCGAGCGGGGCGGCCGCGGGCCGCGGCUCCGCCGACAGGUCACUGAGCACUUCCACAUGGCGGCUGGCACAGACCCAAACUCGAGACACGCAACUCAUCACAGUUGAUGAAAAAUUGGAUAUCACUACUUUAACUGGUGUUCCAGAGGAGCACAUCAAAACCAGGAAAGUUCACAUUUUUGUCCCAGCACGUAACGCAAUGCAGGCAGGAGUUAACAACACCAAGAAGUGGAAGAUGGAAUUUGAUAACAGGGAGCGCUGGGAGAACCCUUUAAUGGGUUGGGCAUCUACAGCUGAUCCUUUAUCCAACAUGGUUCUGACGUUCUCUACUAAAGAAGAUGCCAUUGCCUUUGCUGAAAAAAAUGGCUGGAGCUAUGAUGUUGAAGAGAGGAGAAUUCCAAAACCUAAAUCCAAGUCUUAUGGUGCAAACUUUUCUUGGAACAAGAGAACAAGGGUGUCUACAAAAUAGGUUGGCAUUGGCUAUCUGUCUGACUGUUAAUAAAGUCAGCUGUGCUGUAUUUAUAGGCCAUGUAUAAUACAUCUCUUAAUCUCCUAAUAAAUUUGACCUUUAAACUACA